UGGAAACUAUUGUUUGAUGUAAAUUGUAUUCCAAGAAGAAUUUUAAGAGCAGAGGCAAGGGCUAAUUUUAACUACCUUUUUGUAUCUGGCAAACUUGUUUCUGAAAUUGGUUCCAAUGAACAUGGCGUUCAGUGCACCUGCAAGGUUCGCAGGUUUUUUAACUGUAAGGCCGCCGGCUCAUGCUCGAUUCCGCCGGCAAUUCACUCCGUUUGCGACUUUAUCAACUCCGCCGACCACCAGCAGUAGCAGCCGUGAAACGGUGGAUUGGGUGAAGGCAACUGCAAGUUUCUUUGAGGGUGAUAAUCGCCCUAUUAUGUUAUUCGAUGGCGUGUGUAAUCUGUGUAAUGGAGGUGUAAAGUUUGUCCGUGAUAAUGAUAGUACAAGGAGAAUUAGGUAUGAAGCUUUACAAAGUGAAGCAGGGAAAAAUCUGUUGAGGAGAUCCGGCAGGGCUCCUGAUGAUAUUUCAAGUGUUGUGCUUGUUGAAAAAGAUAGGUCUUAUGUAAAAUCCGAAGCUGUUCUGAAGAUUAUGGAGUACAUUAACUUGCCUUUCCCUCAGCUAGCCUUUUUCUUACAAUUUGUGCCUUUAUUCAUACGAGACUUUGCAUAUGAUAAUGUUGCCAAUAACCGUUAUGCACUCUUUGGCCGCUCCGAUUCAUGUGAGAUAUAACUGGAGGUGCCAAACACUCUUUAGGUGCUUCGGUUCAUGUAAGAAUUGAGAUGGCGCAACAUCAUUUGAUUGCAGACAUACAGAAACUGGUACUUUUUCUAUCGUGCAAGUAAAAUACUCUCUUGUGUAGAACAUAAUUUGAUAUAGUUUAUAAUCACUUGCUGCUAUCUGCAAGUUUAGAAUCUAAACUUCACUAUUCUUAUCUUAUUGUAUGGUUCUGGUGUUAUGAUUACUUACACAAUUGAGAAAGAGAAUGCUGGACAAUAGAUCAUAUUAAUUUGAUUCUAUAUUAAAGUUCUUAUUUUCUAUCUGA